AUGCCUGGCGGAAAGGGAAAGUCCAUCGGUGGAAAGGGUGGCUCCAAGGACUCUGCGGGGAAGAGCCAGAAGUCUCACAGCGCAAAGGCCGGUCUGCAGUUCCCUUGUGGACGUGUUAAGCGUUUCCUGAAGAACAACACACAGAACAAGAUGCGCGUUGGUGCCAAGGCUGCUGUCUAUGUCACUGCCGUCCUCGAAUACUUGACCGCCGAAGUCCUCGAACUUGCCGGAAACGCCGCCAAGGAUCUGAAGGUCAAGCGUAUCACGCCCCGUCACUUGCAGCUCGCGAUCCGUGGAGACGAGGAACUGGAUACUCUCAUCCGUGCUACGAUUGCCUUCGGUGGUGUUCUGCCACGCAUCAACCGCGCACUGCUGCUGAAGGUCGAACAGAAGAAGAAAAGCAAGACUGACGCUUGA